GAGUAACUAGCCCGACGGGUGUUGUAGUUCUUUGACAUUGAAGGUCCCUUAGGGGGUUGUCAACCCACACAGCCGUAAAGACUUCAACUACCAGAAGCAGUUGCGGUGGACAGAUACGUAGUUGUAUAGGGCGCUGAAAACAAAAUUCUUCCUGGCUGAUGAGAUGGCCCCAGUUUUAUCUAAUGUGGCUGAAGAACUUUUAAAAGAAGUUAAGAAAGCCUAUCAAGAGACUUCACAAAUUCCGGAUGAACUGCUGUUAGCGUUGAAGUUUGUGUUUGGUCCUUCAGCUCUCCAUGCUUUGGACCUUGUAGAUCAGCGUUCAGUGACUUGUGUAACAUCUCCUAGCGGAAGAAGGGUGUUUCAGGUAGUGGGAAGCUCUGGGAGGUCAUACACAUGUUACUCCUCCUGUCAUUACUGCCCUUGCCCUGCGUUUGCUUUCUGUGUGCUCAGAAGGAAUGACAGCUUGCUGUGCAAACACAUUCUUGCGACUUACCUCAGCCAAGCAAUGGGACUCUGCGAGGAGCUAGCUCUGUCGGAUCAGCAGCUGACUGACAUCCUCUUAGAGAAAACAGGAGAAAAGGUAGAAGCCUGAACAGGGAUUGGUGCCGCACUGGGGAGUUCAGGGAUAUUGUUUUAUAUGAAGGGGACACUACCUAUCGUUUUAAUUAUGUAUUACUUAUAUGAUCUAAUUAACUUUUGAAAGUAUUACCUGACAGUAAUAUUUAUAUUUUCGUUUGGAAGGUUUUUUUUUUUUAUCCUCUUAAAGUGGGUUCAUUAAACUAGACUGGGCAUGGCCUCACAUGAUGUGGUCAUUGCAGUUUCUACUGAUGUCUUACAAAACAUAACUUCACUGAUUGUGUCUGUGUGGUUUUAGUGACGACAGCUACCCGGUUGGAUUACACAACAGUGUAUGUGUUUGCAGGACAGAGUCAAGACGAAACAUUACUUUGUUGCUUAAAUAAAAAAUGAAAAUCACACCAGAAAGAAGCCAAUGCAAACAAAAUAUCACUUUUAAUCACAUUUCAUAUGUCCUCAGUAAGAGGUGUCCUCAAUGUAAUAAGAUUCAUAGCAAGUUAUCAAUUUGUCUUAUUAAAGGAACAGAAUGACUUUU